CUUUCAACCUCACCACCAAUCCCGGUCGCUAACUAAUCAUCAAUUCACCACCGCGGUUGUUCUACCCGCGUCUUGUCGGAAUUCGGUAUAGCUGUCGAGAUACAGAUAUUGUCGGGAAUACUAAUCCGAAUAUAUUUCCAUCCUAUUGGACCAGCCGAUUAUGAGAUGAAAUGCCUUCUGGCUCGAUGACAGGUGAUUCCGCAUCGUGUAGUCCGGCACCUUACGGACAGGCAUGUGCCGGCUGCUCCCGCGCUAAAUGCAAGUGCUUUUAUCGCUCUGAUGGCUCUUCAUGCGAACGAUGUCACCGCCUAGGAAAGACCUGCCAGCCUGCGCUGGCUCUCCGCAAACGUAAGGCUCGUACUCCACCGCCGCCACCUACGCAACAUCCUCCGCCUGUUAAUUCGCGGCUUGAGGAGAAACUAGAUGACCUAGUAUCUCUCCUGCGUUCUCAGGCUGGUGAAAGGCAAGGCCAACAUCAGACCCUGUCCCAGCGACAUACGCCGCAGUCAACAUCAGAAGGAACACCUGGUGGUUACGGCGAGUCUAUAUCCUCGAUGUCGGUACAUGAGAAUCCGGAUGUCGUACUAGAUACUGCUGCCUGCGUUGUCCAUCUUCUACGCCCAGUUACACCCCCUAUGUCACCAUCACCCUUAUAUGACGAUAUAUCUAUCCACCGUUUACCAGAGAGGAUUGCAGAGGAGCAGUUAGAAUCAUUCCGUCGCUCCUUUCUUUCGACAUUUCCGUUUAUCCAUAUCCCUGCUACUACGAGCGCAGCAGAGCUUCGCCAUGAGAAGCCCUUUUUAUGGCUUAUCAUCAUGGCUUUGACUGAAAAGACUGUUGCGCAGCAAUUCGCAAUGGAGGCUACUAUAUGGCAUAUCGUAUCACGCAGGAUAGUAGCCCAACAUUUUGCCAAUUUGGAUUUACUCCUUGGCGUCAUUUGCUUUGCUUCUUGGUCUCACUUUUUCAAAAAGGAUAAGCCUUUCAUGACUAUGCUUUCUCAAAUCGCUAUAUCUCUUGCUCUUGAGUUAGGUAUUCAUCGCAACCCAUCUACCACUCCGCUACGACGUAGUCGUCUUCCGACUCAACUACCCGAGAGACAGCGUCCCAGGACGAUGGAAGAACGCCGCACCAUGCUUGCUGUGUUCCAUCUUUCAUCCUCCUCGUGGACAACAUAUCGAAUGACAGAUCCCCUUCGCUGGACGUCGUAUUUGGAAGAAUGUCUCCGCCUCUGCAGUGAAGGGAGGGAGACUCAUCUCGACAUUCUCUUAACGGCACAAAUCAAGUGUCAAAUAAUAACGAACCAUCUGUCUUGCGCUCCCUAUGACGAGAUAGUUGGAUUAGAAGGCCCAAAAGCGUCGUCAGCAGCUCUAACCACAGCUCUGCUAAGGCAGCUCAAUGAUAUCCGUCAGAGCUUGCCAGCUGAUAUCGCAUCAUAUAGGACUGUACAAUUCUACCUCCUCCACACAGAACUCAGAAUUCGGGAGUCUGCACUCGGCCGACCGAGAUCUCAAGACCAAACCGGUUUGUCGCAGUUUCAACGUUCGCAAGAUCUUGAAUCGGUCUUGAGUACGAUCGAACGGUGGUUUAUGGUCUACUCAGAAAUGCCGCUAUCCGACUGGAUCGGUUUCACAGCCGAUAUAUUCACACAGUUCAUGCAAUUCCUAGUCGUCAAUUUCAAGCUCUCUAUCCUCGACGAACCCGGAUGGGACGUCCAAGAAGUACGCCGACGGGCUGAUGUCUUUGAAAAGUUGGACCGCGCAUGCGAGAACGUUGAACGCGUCCCGACAAUAGUAGGUAUGGUGGACGCGGAUGGACCGCGCCGCGGGUUCUUCUUUAAGAUUACGGCGCUCCUCCGCAGCGUCAAAGCCCUGUUCCUGGCUGAAAUGCCAUCACCCGCCGCUUUCCCAACCCCAGAAAACAGUACCGACGCGAAUGAUAUUAAUAUCGGCGCGAGCGAGGCUGAACUCAUGGAUUUCUCAUUUUCAGAUGAGAUUCUCCUAGGAAUGUUGCAAGAUGACAUUCUAAGCCCGGCUUGGGAUUUUAGGGUGGAUAGUUCGUAUAUGCCCUUCCCUUCGUAAAUUUAUGGCCGCUCUACAGCGUACAGAGUUGUCUGAGGGGUUGAAUAUAGGGGAUUUGACUGGUUAAAAUCACAUAUGCUUGAGGCUGUUGUCUCAUAUUUUCAGCCCUCAUUAGCGCUGACGCCCCUAUUCUUAUAGAGGAAACUCGCUGAUAAAAUACAGUAUAAAAACAGUGUGAGCCACCAAAUUCACUGUAUCU